CUGCUGUCUCCUCCAGGAAUGGUGGCCCCUCAGCCCCUCCUGUAUAGGGUGGCCAAGGGGUGCCUGAUGUUCAUUCAACCUGUCCUUAAAGUUUGUGACAUGCUGGCACAUCCUGUGCUCCCACCAGGAUGGGGGAGGGUGGUAGGCUCUGAGCCACUGGGCACCGGCUAGCCCGGCGGGUCUUCAGCAAGAAAUCUCACUGGCAAGAAAUGACAGCCUGGGAGCAGGGUCCCGUGAAGAUUUGCCGGAGGGCUGCACCUCUGGGGAGGUGACUCAGAGAUUGGUCUGGUGAAGAGGGAACAGAGAGGGGAACAGUGUGUGUGGGGCCCCCACGGCUCAGCCCUUUCCUGCCCCCUGCCCUUGGCCUUCCGUGCCCAUCUUCAGGGUCAGGGGAAGCCCAGGCCAAAGCGGGCUGGGAAGGGGCCCUGUGGAUAAGGCCAAGAGCCUGUCCCCAAAUAGGGCCAGUAGGAUUUCCCACCCAUAAAAGGCUCUUGGAAUCUGGACCCCGGGGACCCCAGGCAGCCAGGCCCAGCUAAAACUCAGCUGCCACCACUGGCCCAGCGUUCUGCCCACAGCAGCCCUGGUGCCACCACCCUGCAGGGUCCUGUCACACAGCCACUGCCAUGAUGGAGCGCCUAUCAGCCGAGCAGAUCAAGGAGUACAAGGGCGUCUUUGAGAUGUUUGAUGAGGAGGGCAAUGGGGAGGUGAAGACCGGGGAGCUGGAGCGGCUCAUGAGCCUGCUGGGCAUCAACCCCACCAAGAGCGAGCUGGCCUCCAUGGCCAAGGACGUGGACAAAGACAACAAAGGGUUCUUCAACUGUGAUGGCUUCCUGGCACUAAUGGGAGUUUACCACGAGAAGGCCCAGAACCAGGAGAGUGAGCUGAGGGCGGCGUUCCGCGUCUUUGACAAGGAGGGCAAGGGCUACAUUGACUGGAACACACUCAAGUACGUGCUCAUGAACGCAGGAGAGCCCCUCAACGAGGUGGAGGCGGAGCAAAUGAUGAAGGAGGCCGACAAGGAUGGGGACGGGACCAUUGACUAUGAGGAGUUCGUGGCCAUGAUGACUGGAGAGUCCUUCAAGCUGGUCCAGUAGGCACAGCUGCUGCAGCCGUGGGAGGCCUGCCCGGGAAGGCCACUGCCCCUGCCACCUGUCCACCCACUCCCCCAGCUCUGUAUAAAAUAAAUGUUCCAGCCUGA